GCACAAAUAGUCCUUGGCUGGUGUGGAGCUAAGUCCUUGUGCUGCCUCUGAAGCAGGAUAAACGGGGAGGAGAAAGGAGGUUUCAUAAACGCUGAGCUGAGCUGCCUAUCAUCUCAUUCAUUGUUGAUCCUUCCAGGAUUGAGCAGCCUCUCGAAUGCUUCUUUGUGCGUCGGGAGCUUUGUGUUGGUGAUGUGAGGACGAGUAAGUAAAAAAGCCUCCCCGGUGAGCUUUAAAGGUCUGAGCAAAAGUUAGAACCUGAAACUUAGGGUAAAUUCUCUUUGUGUUAGUUCACUUGUUGUAUAUUUCCCAUUGACUGUGAAAUAACUUGUGGUAAUGAAUCCCAACACUUAGCACCUUAUUUAACAGUUGAGGAAAAUUGCUUCCUGAAACUGUUAGUGAACUGGCAGAGUGACUUGCUUAGUUUAGUGGCAGAUCUAAAACCAAAUCCGUCGUAUAUCUCAAAUUAUUCUAAUAUUCAAACUAACUGACAUAGAAAGUUGUAAGUCGGUAGUAAACGGAGGAGUCCGAUGGAGUUGAGUACUGCAGGCUGAUUGAAGCUGGUUCAGUGGUUGAGAAAUGGGCAGUGCAAUGCCAUAAAGGAGACGUGGGGGGAUUAGCAGCGCUAAAUUUGUUCUAUCUUGAAAGCGUUCUCUCGGCAAAGCCACAAAGGUGGUCUCGGCGGCUCCUCACCAUGCAUCUGGUCCUCGAGACAUCCCAGGACGCGAUGUUCCAGCUGUUCCCGUACCUGACAACCAAUACGGAAAGCACCCGGAAUGCCGUGAAUCGUGUUCUCAGUGACAGUUUCUUCACGGUUAAAGGCGCAGCACUGUUUCUUCAGCAAGGAAGCGGCCCACAGGUACCAAGAUGUUACCACCACCACAAAUAUGCAGGAGAUCUCCAGCUGCACCUCCAGGUGAUGAUAAACCAUCUCCGCUCGGAGGACAGGAUCAAGCUGGCUGUGCGCUUGGAGAGUACGUGGGCUAAUCGAAUCCGGUACAUGGUAGUUGUGUAUACAAGCGGACACCAAGAUACAGAGGAGAAUGUACUACUAGGGAUGGACUUUUCAGCCAAGGAGAGUAACACGUGCACUAUAGGGAUGGUGCUUCCUCUCUGGAGUGACACGACGAUUCAUUUGGACGGAGACGGUGGGUUCAGUGUGAGUACUGCAAGCCGUAUCCACAUCUUCAAGCCCGUCUCCGUGCAAGCCAUGUGGUCAGCACUGCAGAUUCUGCACAAGUCCUGCGAGAUCGCACGCCGCUACAAUUACUACCCAUCGGGCAUUGCCUUGACCUGGACCAGUUAUUAUGAAAGCUGCAUCAGCUCUGACCAAAGUUGUAUUAAUGAAUGGAACGCGAUGAAAGACCUGCAGUCCACACGGCCUGACUCACCUGCUCUCUUCGUCGAUAAACCAACUGAGAAUGAAUUGACCGAGCGGCUAAUAAAAACCAAGCUACGAUGUUUAAUGAUGAGCAGGGAUUUGGAGAACGUCACCUCUAAGGAGAUUCGGAAUGAGCUGGAACAGCAGAUGACCUGUAAUCUGAAGGAGUACAAAGGGUUUAUUGACAAUGAAAUGCUGACUAUUCUAGGGCAAAUGGACAAAGCUUCGCUCAUAUUUGAUCAUCUUUAUCUGGGUUCAGAGUGGAACGCAUCAAAUCUGGAGGAGCUUCAGGGAGCAGGUGUCGGCUACAUCUUGAACGUAACGAGAGAGAUUGAUAACUUCUUCUCUGGAUUAUUUGAUUAUCACAACAUUCGGGUCUUUGACGAGGAUACGACAGACCUACUCUCGUUUUGGAACGACACGUAUAACUUCAUCACAAAAGCCAAGAAAAAUCACUCCAAGUGUCUGGUCCAUUGCAAAAUGGGGGUUAGCCGCUCUGCCUCCACAGUCAUCGCUUAUGCCAUGAAGGAGUACGGCUGGUCGCUGGAGAGAGCCUACAAGUAUGUGAAGGAGAAGCGAAGUAUUGCACAGCCCAACACGGGGUUCAUGAAACAACUGGCGGAAUAUGAAGGCAUUUUAGAUGCCAGUAAACAGCGACAUAACAGCCUGUGGCGACGCAACUCCGACGGCGACUUACAGGAGACGGUGAGAGACGGCACGUUCUCAAGCGGGAGGUCGUUGUCGAACCAGGACGACGAGAGCAGCGGUGACCCAGAGACUCCGCAGACGUGUGGGAAGCAGAUCUCUGAGCCGCCUCGCAGGCAGGGCUUGGCGAAGGAUCCGACCCAAGCGGUGAACUCCAACUACUACUUCAGGUGCCUGUCGGACCCCAGCGUAGACGGGAGUUCUUACACCGAGGGGCCGAAGGAGUCCGAGCCCUUCUCGGACUGCAUCGACAAGGGGGAGCGAGACGCGCUGCGGGUGGAUAAUGUGGGUUUUCGGUACAAAGGAGACGGCAUCCCCGAGUCAAGGGUCAUUCGGUCGCCUCAGCCCUGGGACACUUACGAAGGUGAAGAGAGAAUGCGGAGCCACCAGGGAAUCAGCUACCAGCCGUUCCGAGCGGUGGAGGAGCCGGAGGAGAACAAGAACACGCUCGGACUUGGGGUGAAGCACACGGAGGAGGACAAGGCCCUGGCCAACGGGCCCAGCCCCGGACAUGCGUCGGGGACCAAUGAGAGCCUGGCGAACGUACAGGAAGCGAGCACCAACGUCGAGAAUCAGCUGAACAAAGACAAUGCCAACAACAACAACAACGCUGCCAGAAUCUGUUCGAAGGGGGAUGGAGUAAGUACUGAUACAAAAGGACCCUCAGCCCUGAGACGCCUUCCAACCCCUCUUAUCCUGAUUCCCCGUUCAGCAGAGGGAGCUCUGCUGGGGUUAAGGACAGAGCACAGGGAGCUUUAUGCCUCGUGUUAUCUCUAUGAUAUCUCACCUGUGCCUGCUGACGCUGACUCAAAGAUGUCAAUAUUACUGGAAGCUCUCCACAGUGUGACACCUCCCUGUACCUUUCUAAUGGACGGUUUGGAAUCCACAAAUGACUCUCCUGUGAGUCUGGACCAGGAACAGACUGGCACAGAGCAGGCCGUAGUGCCUGAGUCAGACAGCUUGGGAUAUUUAUCAGAUGUAACUUUAGACGUGCCCAUGACCGAGUUAUUUUCUGGGACUCCUAGCGAGGCAGAGAUUUGCCAAGUGACCGAAGAACCUGUUGGAAGCUUCGAUGCCAGUUGCACGACUGAAACGGAUUUGAGUCCUUUACACGAAACUGAGGAGGUAAUGGACUCGGAUGUGGGUUUAGCAACACACAGUGAGGGACAAGGAGAGGGUCAGGAAACCACGGAGACUCUUGAGUCCUGUGAAAUUCUGUCCAAUUCCACUCAUUCGCUCAGUACUGAAACUGAAACUUUGACGGGUGACAUGAUGAGUUCACAGGUGGAUGCAGCACAAGAUUUGGAACAAAUACAAUUACUUGGACCAGAAGUGGAGAUAUGUGACUGUCCAACAGGUUUCGAGGCUAGCGAGCAGGUGCAAGUUUCUGAAACCCAACAGGCAGAACAAGUAGAGUAUGACUUGCAUCAAUCUGACAAGGAGGUCGACCCAACAGGGAGCAAAGAGGAAAACUCAGCAGAGGUAAAUGAGGACACCCCGUUUGCACUUUCUGAGCCUUCGAAUGGACAGUUGGUGGAGGACAAUCAUAAGGUGCCUCGAGUUUGUUGCAACGAAGGGAAGAACGCCAAGCAGAUGAUAUACAACCAGGAGAUGGAAAGAUCUAAAGUUCAGAGCUACUUGAUGCAGCAUCAAGAGUCUAUCCUUCAGCUGCAGAAGGCUGGGUUGGUGAGGAAACACACCAAAGAACUAGAAAGACUAACCUAUUUGAGGUCCUCAAGCAAACGAGAAGCCUCAGAAACUAAGAGAGGUACUUACGUCAAGGACGAGGCUAUAGAUUUGUUUGCCCAGGAUCCUGUGGCAGACAUUCAGGACCAAGCUCAAUCCUAUGAGGAUGUUGAGAACAAUGUGGUUCCUGAGGCUAAUUUUGAAGAUUACCCUUUGACGGACGGGGUGUACCAGAAGACCUCGACACCUUGUAUCAGCGGCAGGAGCGGGACAGGAUUUCUCACCAAGGAACGCCUACAGCAAAUCUGUGCCACGCUGAUAACGUCCCCCCACGCUACGAGCUUGACUCGCAGUUCCAGCAGCGACAGCAUACACAGCAUCCGAGGGCAGCCUGGUCUGGUGGAGCUGCGGACACAGGAGAUCGAGGCCAGGAUGCGCCAGGCGGGACUGACCGUUUGCUCCGAGAUGAAGCGAUCUCAUUCCCUCGCCAAGCUCGCCAGCCUCAACCUGUCCAGCGAAGACCUCUCCCGGGAGAAAGAGGCCGAGAACCUGAUGCUCAAGUCAAGCCACGUCAAGCUGGCUGAGAGUUUGCUGUUGCACAAUGUCGUUGAGCGGAUGUGUUGGAACACAAACCUCCACAGAGAGAUGGAGAUACAAACCGGUCAGCUCUCACCUGUCAAGCCACUGAACCAAUCGAUCGAGUUAUCGGGUUCUGUGGCGGAGCACAAACUCCUCAACUUGCCUGAUAUUCAAUACUCGGAUCAAACCGAACAUCUCUGCAGCACCUUUUCCCCCACCAAAUGUUCAGCUCCAGACUCCGACGGCACAGGCCAGUGCAUGGACUUUAUCUCUGUCCCUUCCUUCGGCCUCAACCAAUUCCACACUCAGAGCGACAACGAGCUCUACCCCUUGACUGCCCGGGGACACCAUGGCAGGACACAUCCCGUGCGGAAACUGAGAAAGACGUGCGAGAGAAAGAGAACUAGCAACCCUUUCUAUAACACCAUGUGAUAACUCGACCAGGAGAACACGAGACUCCAGGCUUCCCCCCCACCAACGUUAGCACCUCAAGCCAAAAACAUUGUGUUGAGUUUCUGAGAGAAAAAAAUGCACAAUCUUGCAAUAGCCACUCAGCGAAUAACCUUCCUUGGCAGAUGCCUGUUACUUUGCUUAUUUUAGACUGGACCUAACUUGUGUUCUCAAAUAGUGUGAGCUCCCAUUCUCCUUCCCCCACCCCCCCCCCAAUAAAUCUCACACAGUCUGUGAAGGACUUUUUUUUAUAUAUGGAAAGAAAAAUGCCCAAUUUGGCCUAUGGAACCGUACUCCAGUGUGUGAGACAGACAGAGCCUUCCAGAAUGGUGUUAACGUCACGUCUGCGAUGGAAAUACGUGACUUGAUUUCGGGAGACUUGCAGUUACUUUCAUUCUUCAUUUUUUUUUUUGCGGGGGUGGGGGAGGGGAGGGUUUUUUUUUCAAGGGGAGAAUAAUUGGUUGAUUGCUAUUUACUGUGGAUUUUUACCACAUUUGGCAAAAUUGAAUAUUCAAAACAAUGUGAUCUGUCUGUCCAAAACAGGGCAGCUUUACAGAGAUGCAUUCUGUAAAUAAUUCCCUCCCUAUGGUCAUUCCCCUGGUGCUGAUGUAAUGUAGGACGUUGCUUCUGGUUAGAGAAGGCUUGUAACCGUCGUGAUACACUCUCCUGUUCCAAACUCUUCUCGGGGGGGAAAAAAGGGGAUCGACUGUUCAUAUAAAGUGUAGGUAUCGGAUUCCAGUGCU